AUGCAACAAACAACCAAUCAACCGUCGCCUACAACACAACCAACAGUUCAAGUGGAAGCGGGAAGUAGUAGGAAAGGGAAAGGGAAAGGAAAAUCAAAAGGGAAAUCAAUAGCGGUGGAAUCUGAAAAUGCUGACGUUCCACAAUGGUGGACACCGGAGGAGGAAUACGCUUUGAUGGCGGCUUGGUGUGCUACUUCAAAUGAGGAACUUCGUGGAAAUGGAAUGAAAAAAGGAGCUUAUUGGGGGGCGGUGCUCGACAAGUUUCACGCUAUUUUAAGGAAAAAUCUGUAUCGCAACAACGACAUGUUGAGCAGCAAAUGGGGUAUGAUUACUAAGCGGUGCAGCAAAUUCAACGGUAUUUACAACCGGAUUGCGGCGCAACAACAAAGUGGAACCAACGAAUUUGAUUUGUUCAAAGCUGCUAAGGAACAAUAUCGGGUCGAAAUGGGUCAUGUUUUUGAUUUUGAAAAAUCAUGGGAAUUGUUGCGAGCAGAUCCAAAGUGGAAUAAAACGCCUACAUCGUCGGAGGUUCAAUCCAAAAGGUCUCGCAAUUCUAGUUCGGUCGACGUGUCGGACGCACGGACUAACAUCGACCUAAACGCCGAUGACGAUGAGAUCCCGAAUGAUAUCCAAGAGAUAUCCCCACCACGACGACCGCCCGGACGCGACAAAGCGAGGCGCGCUGCAAGACAUGCGGAGGAGGUGGAGACGAGAGCAAAAGAUGCGGCGGAAAUGAGAGCGAAAUUCGACGAACUUAAUUUGUUAAUAAAAGAAAAAAAUGAGUUGAAACGUCGUCAUUUGGAAUUUCUGGAAAGUCAAGCACGGGAGAAGCGGGAGCAAAAAGAGAGGGAACUAAUGACACAACAGUUGUCAAUUCUUCGGACAAGCAAGGAUGGUUUAGCACCUGCUGAUCUAACGGUGCUACAAGCAAUGAAGGAACAAAUUAGGAAAAAAUAUUUGGGUUGA